AUGGCGGAAAUUACGAAGAUCGAUAAGCUAAAUGGCAAGAAUUAUCAGUCUUGGAAAUACAAUGUCAAGCUAGUUCUUAUGGAACGUGGCCUUUGGGGCUUUACACAAGAAGGCAAAGAAAUACCUCCUGACGAAAAUGCGACAAAUGCUGUAAAGAAUGCUUUCCAGUUGCAAUCAGAUAAAGCCUACUCUGAUUGCCUUAAACGUUGA